ACCACCACCAAUUUGAAAAAGAGCAAAGAAACACAAAGGCAAAAAACUCCCCAAUCUGUGGAAUUUCCGGAAGCGAGAGCACAUUCAAAGCUACCAGUUAUCAGCGAGCAGCAUGUCGAAGCUCAGGAACCUGUUGCCCACAAUCUUUGGCGGGAAGGAGGCACAGAAUCCGACACCCGUCGAGGGACGCCUGGAAAAGGACGCAGCUCCCGUGGACGACAACGAACCAGCUAACAACAACAGCGGAGCCCUGGCGCUGCCCUUCACCGCUGGCACGCCCACAGCCUCCGCGGAUCUGACCGAAUCCGUGCUGCGCGAGCUCAGCGACCCAAACUACAAUUCAAUGGAUGUCGUGCAGUCCGCCAAUAUUCCGGGCACUCUCAGUAACGUCCAGACAAACAACACCAUGAACGUACACAGCGCCCAGCAACAGGUGGUCAUGAACUUCUCGAAUGCCAAUAAUCUGCACUUCGGCUCCGUCUACAACUUCAAUCAGAACUUGAGCGCCUGCAGCUCGCGAAAGGGUAGCACAAGUGCCGCAGAGGAGUCGGUCGCCUCUCCAGACGGUAAGCCGCGGGCAAGUGCGACGCGCAAAACGGUCAGCAUUGUAGCCAUGAUGCAGUCACAAGAGGAGCCGGAUGUGCGCCUGCUCGAUGUGGUUUCCACGCACUUGGGCGAGGGCUGGAAGCAGGUGAUGCGGGAUCUUGGCAUGUCGGAAGGACAGAUCGACCAGGCCAUAAUCGAUCACCAAAUGCAUGGCAAUAUCAGAGAGGUGAUAUACCAGCUGUUGCUCCAGUGGAUUCGAAGCUCGGAGGACGGUGUGGCCACCGUUGGACGACUUACUACGCUGCUGUGGGAGUCCCAGCAUCGGGACUGCGUGCAUCGCAUGAAACUGGUUUGGAAGGCCCUCGAGAAGCGCAAGACAAACAGCUAGUCAGUGAGUGGAACCUGCUAGCAAAGAUUCCAGAACGAAAACGAUGCAUUCGAAGUGGCCUCUUGAUGUCCAAGCCAGCCGGAUGGUGAAAA